CCCAUUGACAGUGCCUAACCUCAAAAAGCUGUAGUGCUACAAAUGACAUCUCUGCAUAUCAUUAAUGACUGCAGCAGAACGGUUUAAGAACUCUAAAUCAGGAUUAGUUCUCAUAAUUAAUUCUUAAAAUUGUAGUUUCACACCAUUUUUAAUACUCCAAAAUUAUACUCAUUUCCCCCAAUAAAUACCAUUUGAAUACGGACAAAGCAGUGCUCUCUUAGGGUUUGUUUUAACCGCAAAUUUUACCCCCCAAAAGUUCUAGGGUUUAUGUAAUUCUGUUUCCCGAUUCUUCCGAUUCAGCCCCCCAUUAAAAUGUGCUUUUAAUUUUUUAUGUUCGGUUCCUUUCAACGUCGUCAUUUGAAGGGUUUUUUUUUCCGGUGUUUCGAAAAUCUUCGACGGGAAGGCUGCUGUUUCUAGAGAGAGAGAGAGAGAGAGAGAGAGGAGUUUCUCUGACUAGUCUAUCCAUGGCGAAAACGAGACCUGGAAAGAGAGAUGUAGAUUCUUACACAAUUAGAGGCACCAACAAAGUUGUUAAAGCUGGAGAUUGUGUCUUGAUGCGGCCAUCAGAAAGUAACACCGCGCCUUAUGUGGCACGGGUGGAGAAGAUUGAGGCUGAUAACCGUAACAAUAUGAAAGUCCGGGUGAGGUGGUACUACAGGCCAGAGGAAGCAGUCGGAGGAAGAAGACAGUUCCAUGGAGCCAAGGAAUUGUUCUUAUCAGAUCACCAUGACACACAGAGUGCUCACACUAUCGAGGGAAAAUGCAUUGUUCACUCUUUCAAGAAUUAUACUAAGCUGCAGAAUGUUGGCCCUGAGGAUUACUAUUGCCGCUUUGAGUAUAAACCUGCGACUGGAGCUUUUCUGCCAGAUCGUGUGGCGGUGUAUUGCAAAUGUGAGAUGCCCUACAAUCCUGAUGACCUGAUGAUACAAUGCGACGAAUGCAAAGACUGGUACCAUCCUGCUUGUGUAGACAUGACAGUGGAACAGGCAAAGCAAUUGGAUCACUUUAUUUGCGCUGAACAUGGAUCUGAUGAAGACGUAAAAAAACUCCAAGAAACCUCACUUACAAAUGGCAAAGCAGAGACAAAGCGGCAGAGGAAGUAAGGCCACUAUGCAUUCUGCUGAUCUCAAGCAUUGUUGUACAGGCAGAGAAGUCUUCUUCCUCUGCUUGGGCUUGUGGUUAUUUGUAAUUAAUGACAUAGCAGAUCAUAUAUUGUAUUAAUCUAUGCAACUAUGUAGGUCAUGCUUC